CCGCGGGGAGGCGCGNCGGGGGGGAGCGGAGGGGGGGCGAAGCGCAAGUCGCGGUGGGCCGAGGAGGAGCCCCGCCCCAUCAUCGCGCUCCCGGACUUCAUGAAGGACUUCGCCGCCGAUCUGGACCCGGAGGUGCACAACCUCAACGCGCGCCUCCUCGAGAUCUCCCGCAUGCUCCAGUCGGGCCUCCCCCUCGACGACCGCCCCGAGGGCGCGCGCUCGCCCUCCCCCGAGCCCGUCUACGACAACCUCGGCAUCCGCAUCAACACCCGCGAGUACCGCGCCAGGGAGCGCCUCAACCGCGAGCGCCAGGAGAUCAUUUCCCAGCUCAUCCGCCGCAACCCGGCCUUCAAGCCCCCCGCCGAUUACCGCCCGCCCAAGCUUCAGAAGAAGCUCUACAUCCCCAUGAAGGAGUUCCCCGGGUACAACUUCAUCGGCCUUAUCAUCGGCCCGCGCGGUAACACGCAGAAGCGCAUGGAGAAGGAGACGGGCGCCAAGAUCGUAAUCCGAGGGAAGGGCAGCGUCAAGGAAGGGAAGCUGCUUCAGAAGAGGGACAUGAAGCCGGAUCCCAGCGAGAACGAGGACCUCCAUGUGCUUGUUGAGGCUGAGACGCAGGAGGCAUUGGACGCCGCCGCGGGUAUGGUGGAGAAGCUACUUACCCCGGUGGAUGAGGUUCUGAACGAGCACAAGCGGCAGCAGCUGCGGGAGCUCGCGGCACUGAACGGGACAAUUAGGGACGAUGAAUUUUGUAGGACUUGUGGGGAGCCAGGUCACCGGCAGUACGCUUGCCCUAACAGGACGUCAACAUUCAAUGCGAGGUGUCAGUGCAAGAUCUGCGGGGAUGGCGGGCAUCCAACAAUUGAUUGUCCUGUCAAGGGCACUACUGGGAAGAAAAUGGAUGAUGAGUACCAGAACUUCUUGAAUGAGCUUGGGGGGAGCGCCCCUGAGUCGGUGACAAAGUCUAGUGGUCCAAUGUUGGCUCUUACAGGGAGCGGCGGGAGUGGUGGCAGCAGCGGCGGCGUUGGUGCUGGUAGUGGUAGUAACCCGCCAUGGGCUGCAGGUGGUGGUGCUGCUGCCUCAGGGGCAAAUGGGAUCAAGAAGGAGUAUGAUGAGACCAAUCUGUACAUUGGGUACUUGCCACCUACCCUGGAUGAUUCAGGGCUGAUAGGCCUGUUUUCACAAUUUGGAGAGAUUGUCAUGGCGAAGGUUAUCAGAGAUCGCAUCACUGGGCAGAGCAAAGGAUACGGUUUUGUGAAGUAUUCGGAUGUAUCCCAGGCUAACGCGGCAAUCGCUGCGAUGAACGGUUACCAUCUUGAAGGGAGAGUGAUUGCUGUUAGAGUUGCAGGAAAGCCGCCACAGCCAGCUGUUCCUCCUGGCCCACCUGCAGUGCCAGCACCACCAACAUAUCCUCCUGCAGAUCCUGCUGCUGGUGGCUACACCUCACAGCCCUACAUGGGAGCACCACCGCCACCACCUCCAGGGAGCUAUGCUCCAGUUCCUUGGGGGCAACCGCCACCAUAUGCUUCAUACCCUCCGCCGCCACCAGGUUCUAGCAUGUACAAUCCUCCACCUCCUGCACCAGGCCAAGCUACACCACCUCCAUAUGGUGUGCAGUAUGCACCACCACCAGCUCCAAUCCCUCCACCAGGCACUGCUCCAUCAACUGAUGGGGCGCAGAACUACCCUCCUGGUGUAACACCACCAAGUUCUGGUGCACCUACUCAGCCUGUCCCAGCUCCAGUAUAUGGAACUUCCGGCGCACCAAAUGCGCCACCUAUGUACCCUCCACCUCCUUAUGGUUAUGCCUCUUAUUAUCCAUCGGUGACACCAGUUCAGCCGCCACCACCUCCACCACCUGCUGGCGCUGAUCCCUCGCAGAGCCUUGCAAAUGCACCGUGGGCAACUCACAGUGCACCACCUCCACCUCCUUCUGGUGCUGAUCCGUCGCAGAGCAUCGCAAAUGCACCCUGGGCAACUCACAGUGCACCACCUCCACCACCAGCUACUGCUGAUCACUCACAGAGCAUUGCAAGUGCACCUUGGGCCACUCACAAUGCACCGCCUCCACCACCACCACCUUCCAGCAUUGAGCAGCCUCCUGCUACAUAUGGUGCUGAUGCAGAGUAUGAUAAGUUUAUGUCAGAGAUGAAGUGAUGUGAGCCAAGAUGAAGCAAUUCUUCCAACAGUGGAAAAAGGCUUAAGGUUUCUUGGAGCUAGUGCCAGAAUGAUUUAUUUCUUGUUGGAAGUUUGGGACUCACAUCUUUAACCUUGCUGUGCUGUUAUGACCAUUGCAGAGGUUUCAUGAUUAUGAAGGACGUUAAUGACAGGGCACAGAGGAAACCAGAUUAUCUGCUCUAUCUCCAUCUUCGAGAACCAUUUUAAGAACCAUUUACUGAUGCUUUUCUUAUCUUAAAAUUCUUGUCAUUACUUGGCAUUUUUCCUGUGAUGUCACUUUAAUUGUCUGUUGGCUGUGAUAUAAUCUUUAUUCUCACUGUUACUGUUUAUGUUUUUCUUCACUCUUCAAUUUGGUAAGUGCUGGCAGUCCUCUUCAUGUGGAUACCGGAAAAUUUGCGGCCCCAUGGUGAUUGGUAUAACGUGUGAAACAUAUGCACUAUGCUUGUUUCUGUUGAAUCUCUUUUAAGUUUUUACAUCUUACGCUUUGCCUAAGUUGUUUGGCAGUUUGCUCGUGACAGAGGCAGCCAGAGUUAGUGCUUGCUUCUCAGGUAUUGUUGAGAUGAUAUGAAUCGUCCACUGUGGAACGUACUAACUUUUGUUUUAAUUUGGAUUGCUCUCUAUAUUUUCCACUGACAAUCAGUAAUAUGAGUUUCUUUAAUUAAUUUGACUUCUUUUCACAUUUUCUACUGACAAAGAGUAACAAGUUUCCCCUUUUGAUAGUAAAAUAUAUGCAUUUGGUAUGGAAGCAUAUCUGCCAUGCUGGAAAGUCAUCGGUGCAGAGGUUCUGGAUAUGUUUUUUUUGCCGCUAAUGACUCUCUUAACAUGUAAAUGAAUUUCUUUUCCAACUGAACUAGGACAUGGCGACGCACAGAUCAAGUCAUUAGUCUGGAGGCUAUGUUCAAGAUGCGUACUGCAACAAUUAUUUAUGUGAGCUAUUCUGAAGGUUUUAGUUAGCUGAGACUGAUUGUAGGUUCUAGGUGUUCCGGGAGUAAAGAAAAGUAGGAGACAUAAUAAGCUAGUGAAAUUUCCUUAUAUUCUCAUUCAGUUGUUUUUAACUUGCAUUAGUUAACUGUCCAUUGCCAUGCAGA